AUGGAGAAGGACAGACCUGAAAGGAGCCUCACUCUCCAAAAGUCCAUCGACAAUUUCACAUUCUCGUCGACAGCAACGCAAUGCAGCCAUGCCACCGUCGAGCAAUGCAACGUCAUGUACUCGAGCACCCAAUGUGGAUUCGAUCUCGAACAUUCUGAAGUGCCCCCUGAGAACGUCUGCCGUCUGUCAAUAAAUCAAUCAAAAUCCAUCGAACAAAUACAGUAUCCAGUGAUCUGCUUCGGUGGACUGAAGCUCUUUGUGAAGAGCUCUGAUGGCGUCUGCAAUUUGAAUAUUUAUGGCUCAUUUGGAUCGCGCUGUGGCAACUGGACAAAUAUUCGUGUGGAGGAUGAAGAAUCGGUCAAAAAGACAAAUCUAUUAGAAGAGGUGUCUUUCAAGGACAGCCCAACUAUCAAAUGCUUGGCGAGGAUUGGAAUCGAUUGUGAGAGUAUCGAUCGUCAUGAGACGUUCACCUCGAUGGGAUUGGACUCGCUGCAGUGCGCCGAACUGGAGAUGGCGUUGCAGUCGGAGUUUCCCAGCUACAGUAUCCCUACUGGCAUCGCGAUGACGAAGAACACCGUCGAAGAAAUGGACACCUAUCUCAUGUCGUGUGUCGUUGCUUGUGAAAUCAAUAAUAAAGAUGACGAUGCUUAUUCGGGUCAUGUUCCUUUAUCUCCUCAGCAGAGGGGUUUGGUGUUUAUGAGUGAGCUUGAGCCGCUCACGAGGGCUCAAUUCAACGAGCCUGUGGUUUUCGCUAUGGAUGCUGCCAUUUUCGAUGAACGUCGAUUUUUGAGGGUCUUGAAUUCUAUAGUCAUGAGGCACUCCAUUCUACGCACCAGAUAUUAUGCUAAUGGCCAGACUAUACUUUCUGGCACGGAAGCGUUCUUUACCUGUACGAAAUCGUCGAUGGAUCCGCAAAUUUUCGUCAAGGCCCCCAUGGAUAUAAAAGAUUCCAGUAUGCAGGUGAUGGUUAGCCACUCAGCUGGUCGCGUUGUGGUCUGCCUCGUCUUCCACCAUAUCGCCGUUGAUGGCCACUCAAUUAACCAUCAUUACACGGGAAAUAGGAGCGCUCUAUUCGGGAGAGGAAUUGACCCUCCCGAGGAAACAAUACGCGGACUAUGCCAUGCAUUACAGUUGGUUUCAAUCACAACGAAA